GUUUUACAAGGGUUUAAGAGAGAACAGCGGUUGCCGGAAAAGCCGUGACGGUGAACGCUGCAUCGACGACGAUGGCGGAGACAGUCAGACUUCGGCUCGUGUUCGAAGAUCGUCGCAUGUUGAGCAAGUCAAAGAAGAAGGAAGGACUGAAGCGUUGCUGGUUUCUGCUAAAACCCCAACACAACACCAUUUCCGAUGUAACUUCUCAGCUCCAAAACACUUUCCAUCUUCACCGCACUUGUCCUCAUGGCAUCAUCCUAUCGAUGGAUGGUUUUGUUUUACCGUCUUUUGAGUCCACUUGCAUUUUGAAGGAUAAAGACAUUGUGUGUGUGAAACGAAAAGGAAGCUUAUCAGCUGAUAAUAGACCUGCAAUGCUGCCACCUGCAACAUGUGGCCGUCAAUCUAUAGAGCUUCCGAAACUUCUGGCAAUUGAGGGGAUUCAAGAGGAGAAUGGAGGAGGUGAAACUGUGCCCCAAGAGGGUAACAGUGACCAAUCUGAAGAUGCAGUUUGUGUGGAAUCUAAAUCAGAUGAGAGAGCAAUCUCGAAGAAAAGAAAAGCAUCAAAGAAGCUCAAGAGCCCGAGUCAGAAGAAGAUUAAGUUGUCUACUCCUAAAAGUUUGGGCAUCACUCCUGAGGUCCAUGAAGAGGGAAAUGGUAGCUCUCAAGGCCGAAUUCAUAAUCGGUUUAUUCUUAUGUCAGACAAUCUAUCUAGUGAUUCUAGUCAGCCAAAUAAGUUGAGCAGCCUUAAUUUAAAUAAACAGAAGAAUGACAAAAGUGGGGCUACAAGUGAUGAACAAAGGUUUGAUCAGCCUCAAGAUGAAGGUGAAACUAAAAAGUUGCCUAGCAGAAGUGCUCGCCGGAAGAAAGCUAAAAGAAGAUGGCUGAGGGAACUAAAAUUAGCGAAGGAGAAGGAGAAGCUGAUGAAGAGUAUGGUUCCUGAAAAAGAUGGAGAAGAAUUACCUAUCAAAGAUAAUAAUUGUGUCGUUUCUGAUGUACAUCAACAACCUGAUGAAGAAAGUGAAGAAGAGGAUGACACUGUUCCUGUGGAAAUUAGGCCAGGGCACAUUCGGUUUGAGCCCCUUAGAAAAGAUCAGGCGGUGCCACAGAAUCAGUUUCCAGUGGAAACAUUUCAGUGGAAUGGUAUUACCAGCAAGAAAAAGGGCCAGAAAUGGGGUAAAGAGAAAAUGUCAUCCCGCAAACAGGAUGACUAUGGACAUUCCAGUCAUGAGUGUCCUAUGGUUCAGAAUGCUAAAAUGGAGCACGCAUUCAAUGCAGCAGAUUUUGAUAAGCUUAAACCUUAUACCAGCUUGCCUAAGGAAGGUGAUGUAAUUGCGUAUCGAUUGAUUGAGUUAUCAACAUCUUGGACUCCUGAGCUUUCCUCCUUCAGAGUUGGGAAAAUAUCUCAAUAUGAUGCUAAAUCAAACAGGAUUUGGCUGGAACCAGUGCUAGAAUAUCCAUUUGAUUUUGGGAAAAAAAAAGACGACGAUGCAUAUUCUGGACAGUUUGAUCCAUUCCCUUAUCGGGAAGAUGGUUCUUUAGAGAUAGAUCAUGCAUUGCUUGCUGAUGUUCGAAUGGUUAAGCGUGGCCAUUCUGAUUUGGAAACUGAAAUUGUUUCUAGUGAUGCUUUGGUCAAUCCAACAAAAUCAACUAACGGUAGCAAUGGUGAAAAUUUUGCGGCAAAAGCAACCAAUGGUAGCACUGAUAAAAAACUUGCGGGAGGUCAAACUGCCGCGGAAAGUUGCAAGUCAGAAUGCGGUCAUAUCCCUGCUAAAGAAAAUGGGCAAGUAAACGUGUGGGAUGAAAUUAACGAGGCACUAAAAGCAAAGAAGGCCAAGCUGUCGCAGGAGGAUGGGUGGAGUAAAGGGGAGAGCUCGAGCACACGGUCAUGGUCCAACAGAGCCUUGAGAUGCAGUGCGCUGGGUCCGACAAUGGCACUUUUAAGGUCCAAUAAUGGACUCUAAGAAACAAACGUACAUUUGGGCCAUAUCAUUUGGGUGUCCCCUUUCUGCAGUAUUUUGGUAUAUGUGAACAAAUACUGACUUUACCAUCUGCAAUGUGCGUGUCCUGAUUUCAGUAUGUUAACGGGCAAAAUAUUUGAAAGUUUAUUCUUAUAAUUCCGAUGUUAUCUGGUGCAGUCCUCCUGAAAACCAAGCAGAAAUUGAAUCAACUGCUAGACAAAAUACGGGACACGAUUGCUUACCAUCCCAAAUGCCACACAAGAAAAUCAUGAUUAUAGAUAAAAACGCCACCUUUAACACAAUGUACUGUUGUUAAAUUCUAUAUUGUUGGUAAACCGUAUUAUUGUAUGUAAGCCCCCCUGCAACGCGUAUUUUAGUUUAGACAAAGUAAUAGUUGAUUAUGACUCAUACCAGGCAGGCUGAAAGAA